CUCGCCGGGGCGAAGGCCACGGCAGGCAGCCCGAGGAGCAGCGCACAGGCGGCCGAGGGAGUCGCUCGGGUGCCCCGGGGGUGGGGAGAGCAGGCCCCUCACCGGAUGGUCGCUGCUCUGUCCUCCAGAGGGGCAACGAAACAACAACACGGACAGCAUUUCUCCGCGGCGUGAGGCGCGCGCCGGGGGGGGGGGGAAACGCCGAUCCCAGGAAGUCGUGCGGACCUCCGAGACAUGAUGAUCGUGACGUCUUGGUUCUCUUCGCCCUCUGGAGUCAAGGGUUCGGUCAGGCAUGUCCUCCCACGGGCGGGCUUUGGAAGAAGAGUGUGAACAAUAGUCGAAGAAUAAUCGAUAAUAGUGAGACGAGGACGAAAAACCGUCAACGCGCUAUUGUUUUUGUUCUUGACUGUUCCUCCUGUAGAAGCCCGUCGGGGGUCCGCGAGCGAAAACAAAACGUUCAGAGACGCUGUUCCGCGAGAAUGCUCGCUGACAAUGGUAUGAGUCGGCAGUCAUAUCAGCAAUUGCGCCUGCCAAGAGAAAGAAGUAACACUUCGGUGGGAUACUGAGGCAGAAUCAUGCGUCACGCUUCGCGACACGACCAGCCGCAGUCUACUUACGAAUUGACAGGCGAGUGCUGCACCUAAUCUGCUUGUUCGGGGCCCAUCAUAUCACUAACCGGCUCUGUUUUGGAGUCCUGGCUAGAUCCGAAAGCAUGGCGACUCUGGGUUGCAGCAAUGUGAUAUAGAUGGUGCAAGUUGCGCAAGGGUCCACCUGCGCAGUCAAAAUUAAACGGAGCUCGCGAAUGUGUACUGGCUCUGAAAAAGCCCAGUUCAAUUGAAUGAAGUGCCCCCUCCCCUGUUUAAGCCUGCUCUGGCUGCCGCCCUGCGCCGGUUCAGCAAAAGCUGGAGGAGAAAGCUGCGCGUCGCGAUUUGGAGGGCGAGGACGAGCCCGAGGAUGAGGACGAGGUGAGCAAACGUCACGAGAAAGGAGGUCCUGCGACGAAGCUGACAUCGCGCGCAGGGAGUCCUGCGAUUGAAAUGCUGCGCGCAGCAGGCACUCCAGGACAGUUCGUAGAGGGCCAAGCCCGAAUUGACUGCAGCGGAGCCUGUGCAGCCAGGCCAAUCGCACGGCAACGGUGCCAGUUGAGAUUACUUUUUAUCCAGCGUGACCCCAAACACUAAGUUGGUGCAUUGCGGAUGUGUGGCCCGAGGCCGACCGGCCACGUAGUGAGCAAGACAAGGACCACCCUCAUCUCCCCGCGGAUGUCGUCAUCAUAGAACGACGCCCGCUCUGAGGGGACGCCGCGUGCCCUACAGUCAAGACGCUGAAGCAAGGACCAGUCUGGGCUCGGCAGGGGCUCGAUGUUCCGCAGGUUCCCCCAGUGCUGUUCCUCUUGCCCUCCUCGGGCACGGAGGCGCCUACAGGGCCAAGAAGGGGCUGCGUUCCUUGUGUGGCGUUCCUUCUUUUAGCGGCCCGACUGUACGCAUGAAGCUCCUCCCACUUCUGCCUGCCCGCGCACUGCGAACGCUCCUGGAAACCGCUCUGUGCUCUGCACUCGUCGGAUUCAGUCUGGCUUUGGAACGGCUUCUAGCCGAAAAUCACUUCGACUUGUUUGAGAUCAUCUCGUCCGGCAGGAACACGGAGGCUGCGUCCUCGGAGGCAAGGGUCACAUUGAGCUUCUCCGCCUCCGCUGUGACUGCCAAGAUGAAUGAUUGCCGAAGCUCUGUCUUUCUCUUGCCGAUGUCAGGUGAACAGAUGACUUUGAUUUCGAAGCCAUGGGAAAAACCGCUCAAGCAACACUUCUUGUACCCACUCUGGAGGACAUUCUGGCUCUCGUCGAUCCAGCGCUUGGCGAAACUGACGAGCUCGUUGACCUUUUCCGGGUUGGAAGAUGGGCUCGCCGUGAAAUUAAUCAACAGCGGCUUAGUCGGCCGCCGGGACCAAUUCUGGAUCACAACUUCUGUCAGUUCGCAGAGUGGUAUGUACGUCUGCUUAUGAUCGAAGGUCCGGAUCAGCACAUAGCUGAGUGUGACGUGCUCAAUGAAGCCAUCGAUGCCAGUAUCUGCACCGCGGCCCAUCAGUCUGAUGGUUACCAAGUCUCCGACGAAGAAGGGCUUGUGCGUCCAAAUCCAAUCUUUAUAAGCAUGGUGACCUGAUCCCAGAACCUGUAGCCUAUGAACACCGCUGUCAACAAAUAGUAAGAGAAUCCGCAUGCCAGCACCGAACCCGCAUACGGGCUGAUAAGGGUGUAGGAUAUGUACGACGCGGCCGCAACCACAUUGGAGCCAAUCCUGAGCGGGUGCCAGACUUUCUCGUAGACCACGUCUGCGAUGCCACGAUUUCGUCUCACUGCCAUGAACUUGUCCUUCGUGGGGUUGCCAGUGCGGGUAAGGCCAACACUGUUGAGGAUACCCUGCAUCUUCUUGACAGGCUUCUCCUCAAGAAGAGAAUGCUCGCACACCGUUAUCUCGUGGACAAUGUGAUCCAGGUAUUCCAUGAAACGCAGAUACGACAGGGCGCACAAUGUGGCCAGAAGAUUGCAGAGCGCGCGAAUCAAGAAAUGCUUGAAGUCGUCUUUGACCACCUCAUCGACGGCCUCCUUAACAGCGAAACCUAUGAUGAACAGAUACGGCAUAACUGACGCCCUCGCCAGCGACGGCGAGAACACCGGCAGAGUCAACAGAGUCACUGGGAUCAUGCAAAGGUAUGCCGUGGCGACCCGACGCUUGUGCCAGUCAACCUCAAAGAUCGAAUGAGCAUCCCCUCUGACGCGCAGGUCUUCGUAGUGGCCGCUCAAGAGGUAGAGGGGGACACCGACGCCCGUGAUCGCAUACAGCACGACGAAGGCGACCACCACGGGCCUCUUGAAAAAAUUGUCGGGGAAAGGCUGCGGCUCGAAGUCCUGCCGCACCAUCCGGAUGUUGCUGACGAUCGCCUUGGCAAAAUCGUACGAGCGUGCUGGGUGCUCGCCCUCGUUGGGCUCGGACGCCGCGGGGGCCUCCCCAUUCCCCGAGAUCAGCCCGAUCUUCUCGGUCAUGUCUUGCGUCAUCGGGCGGCCCCGCUUCUGCUAGCGGGCGGCACCCCAGCGCACACCCCACGGCGGGCUCGAACACGCUCCCAGAACGGAGGGUUGCUAAAUGGCUCGGGCCAGGCGACCGCGAAGACUGAAGAUGAUACCUCGUACGCCAUAACGCGUCAGCGGUAUUGUAGUUUUGCGGCCCCCUGGAGCGAUAGACAAAGCGUUGCUCGCCUCGUCGCCCAUCAGGACAGUUCCGGUCCAUGUUUCGGCGUAGCACCCCACAUGCUAGGUCUUAGAUGGACCUUUGUGGGUGAACACCCUCACCGAUUGUUCAUAACAUUAAACGCAAGAUUGCUCGCACCGUUGUCCCAACUAUCCGCCAUCCGAGAUCGGAUCGGACGUCACAGUGCCAUUCCACCAUCAAGAUCGCUACUCGCUGCGCCAAUUCAGCCCCGGGAGUUCCCCAGAGACCGACAAAAACGAGAGCGGCAAUCAAAAACAUGGAUAGCCAGCCCGCACAGGGUCCUACAGCUAUGCCGAACUUGGCACGACGUAACCUGCAUAUCGGGAUGCGCCCCCAAGGCAACCUCGGGGUUCGGUCCCAAGGAAACAGGCGAAAACUACCCGCAAUGCCCAGGGCCACCACAGGGGACGUGUAGCCCCGCGAUGUCCACCUUGCCAGGGCUCACAAGAAGGAGAGGAGGAAAGGAAGAGGGAGGCGAGAACAGCCAGGAGUCCACGAGGG